AUGUCACAAACACGCGCCGAAUCAAAGAACUGGCGCACAAAGCCCAUCCAAAAACCCUCCUCCGCACCAUGGGCCGUCACAGUCUCACACCAAGAUCUAACCCGUCUAAUCGUGGGAUUCCACCCACAAGCCAUGGAAGAGAAGUGGAUGAUUGCCUCAGACGAUCCCGACGAGGAGGGACUCAUAAAGGUUCAUUUCUGGCGGAGUUGGACGGGGCAUGAGAGGGCGACGAUAAGUGUUCAGGUUCUUUUGGAUGCGGAUGGCGCGGUCAAGAAGGGGACAGAUGGGAAGAUUGUGAGCAUUGAAUGGGAAACGAGGGAUGAGGCUGAUAAGGGGGAGAAGAGUGAGAAGGAGAUUGCGCUGCAGGUUUGUAAUUGGGUAUUGGGGUGUGCUUUGGUUGAUGAUGCUUCAUGA